AUGAUGGUUCAUAAAUUAUUUUGUUUUGUUUUGGUUACCGUUUGUUUGUUUGGCAGCCCUGAAGCUAGUACAGUAGCUUCAAGGAAGAAGCUGGUGAUAGAUCAUGAUGGUGGAGCUGAUGAUGCCUUCGCAGUUACACUGAGCUUGCUCAAUGAGAAGCAUUUCAAUGGUCCAGAACUGGUUGCCUUGACAACAACAUUCGGAAAUGUAAACCUCACGCAAGCAAUUAUCAACAGCCAUCGGUUUCUGGCACUCUGUGAUAGGGAAGAUAUACCAAUAUACUCAGGUGCUCUUAAGUCUUUUGUAUCACACAUGGUAUCUGAACACUUUUACGGAAUGGACGGGUUAGGAGACACCGGCUAUGAAGCUCCAUCAACAAUAAAAAUAGAAAAGAAUCCAGCUGCCGUGGCUCUCAUAGAACUUUCAAAGAAAUACGAAGGAGAACUGAUAGUAGUAGCUAUUGGCCCAGUCACUAACAUAGCAUUGGCUGUGCGACUGGACCCCGACUUCAUAGGACGACUGUCGCAGUUAUACGUGGGCGCAGGCCAUAUUUACAGUAAAACUCAUUCUGAAUCCGAAUUCAAUGCUGCCAUGGACCCUGAAGCGUACUACAUCAUGGCAGAUAGUGCUACGGUUAAAAAAGUGACAGUUUUACCAUUUUCUCAAGUUUACAGCUCUCUAAAUAUCUCUAAAGAGUGGCGUAAAAAUAUUUUGGGAAAAAUUGAUACACCCAUCAUGGAGGCUCUAAAUAUGUUUGAACGAAUAUCGUUUUCAAAAGAAAGUUCGUGGAUCGAACUAGACCCGGCUGUGGCGUCCAUUGCAUUACACAAUGAAAUCGUCAAUGAGUUCAAAGAUUCUAAUAACAGCAUUAUUUUACAAGGUGAAAGUCGUGGUAUCAACACAAAUGACUUCUCCUCAUCAGAACCUAAUACAAGACUAGUUUACAAAGCAAAUAUUGAAUACUAUCAAAAGUUCCUGUUAGACGUGUAUUCGGCUGAAUUGAAUCCUUAA